UGGGAGGGGGGGGACGGACUCCACCUGCUGCCACCUGUUCAUCUGCUCCAUCUUAUAAAAGCUGCUUCCCCACUGUCUCCAGGAUCACAAGCACCUUGGGCCCAUCAGGCUGUCCACUAUCAGGGGUUGCAAACACUCAACACAAAGGACACACAGCUUGGACAUUGGCCAGGCUGUAACACAGAGGAGAUCUCUGAGGAACCCUGACACUGAAACUGGAAGCUUCUUCUGACAGAUCCAUCCACUCACAGCUGAGUCUUUCUGAUCUGAGGACAGUCCCCGGUUUCAUUCUUCAAACGGAGAUCAUGAAGUCUCGCCGGCCCAGCUGCACCGACUCUGGAUCCGAGUCCUCGGAACAGGAUUCCCUGAGCCCCGAGAAGUAUGAGACCACCACCAGGCGACGGUCGGCCGCCAAUGCCAGAGAGAGGAAGAGGAUGCAGGGUUUGAACACGGCCUUUGAUCGCUUACGCAAAGUGGUCCCCCAGUGGGGCCAGGACAAAAAACUGUCCAAGUAUGAAACCCUGCAGAUGGCCCUCAGCUACAUCAUGGCGCUCAACCGGAUCCUGACGGACGCCAGGAGGCACAACGCUCCUCACAGGCAGUGGCUGGACCUGCAGUUUGACUGUGUGCAGCCUGAGAGCUACCCCUGCCUCAUGAGGUACGACUCUCCGACCGGACAGGAGUUCCUCCACUCAUCGUUCUCUUAUGACUUUGAUGGACAUCAGGUCCAUGCAUAAACUGAUGUGUUCAAUAAUCCGUCAUGUUGUUGAGUGUGAGUGACAAUGUGAAUUAUUUUUCCUCCAAUUUAGGAGACGGUAAAUACAUGUGUAUUGCACUAUUUUUUUUUUUUUUUGCAUUUAUCCAGUAAUUGUGUGACAAUCAAAAAAGGCUUCUGAGUUUGAAGUCUGUCAUUUAUUUACUGCUGUACAACCAGGCAGCAUGUUGAGCAGCUUUUUGUUCAAAGUGUAGCAAUAGAGUCAUUUUAAUGACUAGAUUGUAUUGAAGAUACAGGCAAUGGUAUAUUUUUUUAUCAUUAUUAUUUUUAUUGUUUUGUUAUUCUGAUACGGCCCUAAAAUGUUGUGCAAUGCUCAAUGAUUUCUGAGAAAAAAUGAUCGUGGUCUUGGUCGCAUGUUUAAAGUCAAUGUGUAACUAUUUUGUCAAAGUGUA